AUAGACCGGGUACUGAAGAGAAAUCAUAUGACCAUGAAACAAAUAUACAGGGUACCAUUCGACAGGAACACAGAGAGGGUGAAAGAACUGCAGUACCAGUAUGUGCAGAGAAUAAUGGCAUUGGAGGGGAUUGAAACACCUCAUCUCCUGGUGUUUGUAGAUGAGGCUGGUUUCAAUCUGGCCAAGAGCCGCAGGCGCGGACGUAACAUCAUUGGCCAGCGGGCUACAGUGGACGUCCCGGGUCAAAGAGGGGGAAAUAUUACAAUGUGUGCGGCCAUUUCUGACAAUGGUGUGGCCACACGUAUUGCAAGCCUGGGCCCGUACAACACUCAGAGGCUCCUCCUCUACCUGGACCGUCUGUAUAUGGAUUUAGUCCCCAAAAAUGAAAGGGGUCUCGAAGCACCCCACCUACCACAGUUUGUCAUUGUGUGGGACAAUGUGAGCUUUCACCGUGGCCCACUCAUCAGAGCAUGGUUCAACAGCCAUCCAAGGAUGCGUAAUGUGUUUUUACCACCAUAUUCGCCGUUUCUCAAUCCUAUUGAAGAGUUUUUCUCUGCUUGGAGGUGGAGAGUUUAUGAACGCCACAUUGGGGAUCAGAGGUCUCUCCUCAAUGCGAUGGAUGCUGCCUGUGAAGACAUCACAGGCGAUCAGUGUCGGGGUUGGCUAAGACAUUCACUCCGCUUCUUCCCACGCUGCAUCGCAAGGGAGAACAUCCGGUGCGAUGUAGAUGAAAAUCUGUGGCCAAACAGAGAGCAGUGGAUGGAUGGCCAGGAGGAUGAGGAUGGUGACCAGGAGAGGGUGGGGGAAGACGGCAACAGCGACUAGUCCAAGUGUUUCAUUUCUGGAACUUUAUUGCUUUUUUGGUUCAUGUUUAUAUUUUGCCAUACAGCCUUUCAGCGCGAGGACGCAUGAUAUCACAUGCAGAAGGUCAAUGCAUAUUUUCCUUUUACCUAUAUUCUCUGUACGUAAUGCAGUAAUGCAUGCAAUUUGGUUUGUGUGAAAAUUGUGUGAAUAAACAAU